CAAUAGUAGUUUACGGUUGCUCUUACUUAAUCAUGUACGUUACGUAGACGAAGUUACUACAACAACCCUAGACCUCAAAUAGGUGUUCCGGCGAACUGUAUUUAGGUCAUAUCUAGCGUCAGGAUACGGAGACGGCGAGUAAUCCGGAAGCACCACGAGUGGCCCAGACCAGAAACGUCGCCUGUCCCCACCAGGCGUGAGCAAAAAAGGAUGGCUGAAGCGCCCGCCAUCGAGUCCUUCGGGACCAUAAAAUUUACCCUCAACAACGGCACGCACAUGCCUGCUGUUGGAUUGGGGACAUACAGGGUGAGGCAAGAAACUGAUAUUAUGAAUGCCGUCGAUUGGGCAUUGGACGCAGGCUACAGAAUGUUUGAUACGGCUGCUGUUUAUGGCAAUGAAUGCCAUUUGGGAGCAGCACUCCGAACGUUUUUGCCCAAGUACGGGCUGGAUAGAGACGACAUAUUUGUUACAACAAAACUUUCGCCAUCGGAACACGGAGACAAGGAGAUAACGGAAAAAGCUUACUUAAAGUCGCUGAAAAACUUGGGUCUCGACUAUGUCGAUCUAUAUUUGAUUCACUUUCCUGGAACUGCUCGUCUGCGCUCUGACGAUGGUAGGAACAAGGUGCUACGCGAGAGCACGUGGUCGAGCCUUGAGGAGAUCUACGACGAGGGCAGGGUCAACGCCAUCGGCGUCUCCAACUUUACCGUGCGCCACCUCUCUGAACUGCUGCUUACACACCACAGCGUCAUACCAGCUGUUAACCAGGUGGAAUGGCAUCCAUAUUACCACCAAGAUGAGCUUCUUAAAUACUGCAAGGAGAAAGAAAUAGUGGUGCAAGGAUAUUGCCCUUUCGGUGGAGCAUCAGCCGCAAAUAAGACACUGCUCGAGGAUCCAGUGGUCAAGAAGAUCGCCAAGAAAUUGAAUGUCACCUGCGCCCAGGUAUGUCUGGUGUGGGCGCUGCAGAAGGAUGUGGCCGUUAUUCCCAAGUCCUCCAAUGCUGCGCGCAUUAAAGAAAACAUCUCUUUAAAAUUCAGGAUCCCAGAGGAGGAUAUGAAGGCUCUUGAUGCCCUAGGAGAAAAAAACAUUAAGUACGCCUGGGACCCGAGUAUCGUAACUUAAACAAUAACUUGUAAAGAACAACAGCUCCAUAUUAUAAAUUGUAACAACAGGGUGUAAAAAAUAAAAUCAUUUACAGGAAGCAAAUUAUCUUUCGGGUCAUAGAUUUAGGAAGCAUUGUGUGGUCGAUAGACCAUUCUAAAUUACUAUAAAGUUAAUAUUAUCCGCCUAUAGCGAAUUUUCUAUCAUAAAUUAUAAACAAAAACUAUUACCUUAGAGCAACACGGGGAAAGGAGUAGUCAUAGGCAGGCGCUCUCUGUCUGUUUGCCCCCCAUGCAAAAACUGGCAGAAAGUUUUCUAGGUAUCUAGAAAAAACGCUGUGGCUACUUCCGUCUGAUCCUCCGGAGACCCGUGUUUCUCUAUGCUACUGACCCAUGUCCAUUUUUUCAAAUGUAUGAAUGUUGAAUAUUGUUAAAGGAUAUUUUUAACUACACCUACAUUUAUUUACGACGUUAAGGUUGUGUGGAACUCUAUUCUACGACAAUUUAGGCGGUAUACACGGGUAUUUAGGUAA